UAUGGCGGCAGUUUCGGAUGGAAAUGGAAAGUCGUUAGAAGAAGUUGAUUAUGAUUUGCAAAGACAUCUGACAGGAGUAAACACACGUACGCCUGACCUUUCUACUCUAGCACAAAAGGGAGAUGAAAAACUUGUCGAACAGUUUAUGACUGAAGAUGUUCAAAUCGGUGGAGGAGCGAAUGAAAAACUUCAAAGUCAGCUGUAUAUUGCAUGUUUCUGGGGCUUUUAUGAUGUAGUGAAAACUCUCCUCGACAAGGGAGCUGAUGUUAACGCACAGAACAGGGACACAUUAUGGACCCCACUACAUGCUGCAACAUUCCAAGAGCAUGGAAAGAUUGUGAUGCUACUUUUGGAGAGGAAUGCGCAACCUGAACUCCCAGAUGGUGAAGGAAGGAGUGCAAAAGACUUUGCUUCAGCUUCAGAUAAAGUUUGGCCACAUUUUGCAGCUCUGAACUGCCCCCGAACAUCAAAACAGGAACUGAUAGAGAAAGGAAUCAUAAAAAAGUUAGAGGAAAGUUCCAGAGGAGGUUCAUCAGGAAGGCCUGGAUCAGGCCCAAAAGCGAGAAUGGCUGCGUUUUCUCGACCAGGGUCAGCAUAUGUAUUGCAAUCAAAUCCCUUUGCGAAGAAACACGUGAAUCAACAAAGCUCUGAUUUUCCUCUUGGCGGUCCCGUUGAUGGCGAUAUCUUGGCAGAAACGAACAAGCCAGGUCAAGUUGAACAUGACAACAAGCCAGCAUUUUCUGUUUGGCGAACGUGAAUUACUUUUAGUACUUUUAAUUCCAUUUUUCCCGAUGUUGUUGUAAAGUUU